AUGAUUAUCUUGCCCCUGCCGACGGACAACGAAAUCGAUGCAUUCGAGGAAGCAUUCCUCCAGCAAACCUAUCGUUUUAUCAAUCGAGACCUAAUUCGUGAGGCCCUUCAGGGCUGUGCCCCAUACAACCCCAGCGGCAAUAAGAGCCUCGCGUUGGCUGGCGACGCCAUUCUCCGCCAAGUCCUUGUCGACUAUGGCAGGGAGAGACAGACCACCCCAGGCAGGAUACCCUUUCGUAACCCACAAAUCAUCUGCAAACUAACGGCUCCGUUUAUGGCAGACGAGAUCCAGAACACCAUCACGCAGAAUCCAGGACAGUGGGGUGUUGUGGCUGGGAAGAAUGUUAUGGCCACCACUAUGGAAGCCAUUAUCGGCGCAGUCUACUAUGACUCCAACAAGGAUCGUAAUGCCUGCGAAAGGGUCAUGGCUGCACUUGGCCUCUCCUGGCCCAAGUGA